AUGGACCCUCUGCCUAUUAUCGCCAGUAUUGCAGGCAUUGCAACGGCAGGUACAUCACUCUCAAAAGCGAUAUACCACUUUAUCUCCUCGACGCGCGGUGCCUCGCGUGAGAUGGCUGACAUAGCGCGCAAUAUCUCAGAUCUAUCUUGUAUUCUUUCAGAACUUCGUCGCGUACUUCAAGAGAGUGCCGAUCUGUGCAGUCGCAAGCUUCUUCGUCGGAUAAAGUCGGCAACUCGGCGUAUUUCCGCGAUACAUGAUGACAUUUAUGAGCUCAUGGACAGCAUUAAGGGCUUUCAAACCUUUAGAUGGAGCCUGAGGCGGUCAGAAGUGCAGUACAAGCUUACGCUCAUUGAGAGCCAUAAAACUGCUAUCCAGUUGAUGCUCAACAUUUUAAUUCUUGCAGCGAGAACAAGAAAGGAAGCACAAUCUCAAGUUACUCAGACAACUUCGGCCAGCGAAGAUAAGCCCAACGAACCAGCGUCAGAGCUCCCUCUCCUUCGCCAGCAGUCGGAGACUCUCGCCUACGCAGCCUCUCAUUGUCUUGUUGAUCUCUCGGAAAACCAGGAUUUUGAGACUAGCCGAACAUCAAACCAGCCAAAGACCGAUUACGGCAGUGAUAAUGACGAUGCCACGGGGCAGGUCCAGAUCCGUGGCCAUGGAUCAUCUGACGGGACAGGCAGAUGGCUUUUUGAACUUAUCUUCGAAAACUACCCUAAGAACGGUAAUGAUUCAGAGACUAAUGAACAGGAUAGCGGUGGAAAAAAUGAGAGUCCAGCGUCUGAUAGAACGGACCUCGUGGUGCGAACGCCAGCGGAAUUGCAGAUAGCCAUUUACGAACCGGGAGCAGGUCAAAUUCUUAUCGACAGACUUUUAGCAGACUGGACAUGUCUUUCUAACCCCGAGGUUACCAGGACCUUUGUGCGCAAACCUGAAACAGAAAAUGUUAGACCUCGUAGUCCCGCUUCCGCACAAAGCGAUGCAGUCAUCCGUUUCAAAGACGCCGGCAUGGAGGAGGUUAUCAGACAAGCGUUCGUGCAAGUCGAAGGGCUUUACCAACCCGUCCUUGCACGCCAUUAUAUUCUUAUGGGCCCUGACGGUAACAUGAUAUACCCAGUAAUGUGGGAAAGCACUGUUGAACCAGGAAUGGAAAUUAUAAUGCUCAUGUCGAUGCCGUCUUCCUUUUAUCCUAAUCAUAAACCGAAUCUUGAAAGUAAGAAGGUCAAGGUUCCUGCGAGAAGGGGAGAGAAGCUUGAAUCAAAGAAUAAGGAGCCUUCAUCUUUAGUAUCUUUUUUGAUGGGUCGCGGGGAGUAUAAAUCUCAUCAUCGAUAG